GCUUUUUUUCUUGGAUUUUAUUACUGGAAAACUCUCUAAUGACAAAUUUGCUUAGGAGCUGAGUGUUGUGACCUGCCCUACUUCUCCCUGCUUGGUGUGGGAACGAGCUGAGGAACAUCUUGGAGCCACCUGUACUGCUUCAUGCAGUUAAAUGUUCUGAGGUCAUGAAACUUAAUCCACAGCAAGCUCCGUUGUAUGGUGACUCUGUUAUUACAGUGCAGCUGACUGAGGAAGAUAAAGUUGAAGAUGAUGUAGUUUUUUAUUUGGUCUUCACUGGAUCAACUGUCCAACACUGCACAAGCACAAGAAAGAUUAAUCCUGGGAGCCUGGAGACAAUUUCUCCUGGCCAUGACUGCUGCGAGACAGUGAAGGUGGCACUUUGUGCCUCUAGAGAAGGUCACCCCGUUCUGGUUGUGGCAGAGGAGAGUUUCCAGUUUGUCCAGGACGAAGCUUAUGAUGCUGCCCAGUUUCUGGCCACCUGUGCUGGCAACCAGCAGGCGCUGAAUUUCACACGGUUCCUGGACCGCUCCAGGCCACCUGCUGCAGACGUGGAUUUCCUGGAUGAGAAAGUGGCCUUGGCAUUUCGACACCUGAAGCUGCCGGCAGAAUGGAACGUGCUGGGAGCAGAGCAGUCCCUGGCCGAGAACAUCCCUCGGGAGACUCUGCUGCAUUUUGCCGUGAGGCUGGGGCUGCUGCGGCUGACGUGGUUUCUGCUCCAGCAGCCGGGUGGAAGAGGAGCCCUCAGCAUCCACAACAACGAAGGGGCAACGCCCGUCAGCUUGGCCUUGGAGAGGGGCUACCAGAAGCUGCACCAACUUUUGACAGAGGAGGGAGCCAGGGAGCCGGACUCGUGGAGCACCCUGUCUCACACCGUGCACUCGGGGGACUACAGCGUGAAGCACCACCGUGGGCUCGGCGUGUACCUGCUGACAGCUGAGACCGGGGAGGGGACAGCAGCCAGCUGGCAGAGGGACAUCCAGCACCUUCAGAUGCACAUGCAGAGCCACCAGCACCAGAGUUUAAGCCAGCAGACAGAGCCUGUACUGGGAGAUUCUGAAGACAGCUGUGCUAAAGGAGCAGAGGGUCAUCUGACCACUACCUCUCAGAGCCUAGAAGAAAUGGCAAGAGAAGAAAGGCAGGAAAAUCCACCUGGUCUGGUUCACCUGGACCUUGGGCAGCUCUCAGACCAAUCCCAGCAGGAGGAGAAAUGCAACAGCAGCAGACUGGGAGCUUUUAAUGACGCACCAAAAGACACAGUUAGCCUGGGUGGUGCAAACAGCCCAGCGAGCUUCUGUGAAAGUAAAAACACAGUGAUAUUGUGUAAAAAGGAAGGAGAGGCGGGGCUAAGAUCUGCAGAGGGCUCUGGGACUGUAUCAGAUGGAGAUUGCACUGUGAGCCUGCGUGCAAGUGCAAAUGGUGCUGUAAAUCUUCCAUCCUCUGGAAAUACAAAUGAGGAAGCUGGAAUGACAUCGGCUGGAGUUGUUCUGGAUCAAGCUGGCGUGGGCAGUGCAGACAGUGCCCAUCAGGAAGCGCAAACUGCUGAGGAGUUCGCUGACAGUGCCGCUGCUGUGGCUGCAGCUGCAGGUGAAGCCCCAGCUUCCUCAGAGGGUCUGGAUGUGGCCAUGGGCCAGACUGAGUGCAGGAACUGUGCCGGGGCACCUGACAGGGCUAAGGGCCAGCGGCGGGCAGAGGAUGGCAUGGCAGAGCCUGGUGAGAGGACUGCAAACCUGGAAGACAAAUGCCCAGCUAAGGAAGAGUCAUCCAGCGCUGCUCAGCCCUUACUCAGUGGUUUCAACGGCGCUGAGUGUUCCAAUGGGGAGGAUGCAAAUGUGGGAGUGGUACCAGCCUGUGACAGUGCAAAGGCAGAUGGUGACAUUGGCAGUGUCUCUGUUGACCUUUGCAAGACCAGCAGUAACAAAGAGACUGAUGUGGACUCGUGCACUGCUCAGGUAAAUGGUGAGCUCACGGGAAGCCAGGGUGAUGCCAGUGUCACAGCGAGGCAGGUCACUGCAAGCACUGGAGAAACAUUGCCAGCAGUGAACGGGGUGAAGGUUCCUGCUUGUGCAUCAAAACCUGCUCUUGAUUUGGAAGUCUGUGGCAGCAGUGAGAGUGAGGAGCAAGAAGGGCAGGUGGAAGGAGGCUGUACAGAUGGAAAAUCCAGUCUGCCCUCACUGGAAGGCAGUGUGGAAACUGAUGGCCCUGAUGCUGAACCUGAAAACAGAGAUGUUGGUGGAUCUAAUGAAAGUGGUGCAGAACCUGCACAUUGCCAGGAGAGUGGUGAGAUCGUUGACCAUGGGGCUGAAGCCAUGGAGAGCAGUGAAAAAGAGCCAGUAGGAACUGAUACCAGCAGCUGCAGAGAUGAAGGAAGCAAAGAUUCUGCAGGCGGUGAUCAGGAAGUUGCUGCCUGUCACCCUUCUGCUGCUCAAACUGGCAUUAAAGGUGAAAUGGACAACAGCUUCAAACCAGACACUGCUCAGCAGAGCAAACGUGAGGAACGUGAGCCUGCAUCGCUCCCUCCAGAGGAUGUGAGCACAAGCCUGGCAGAGGAAGAGCCUGCCCAGGCUGGAGCAGAGAAAGCAGAAAGCACUUCAGAGCAGGAGGGGAGGAGCAGCAAGGUGGAAUCGCCCUCUCCCCUACCCAGAGAAGAGGGGCUGGCUGUGAGUCAGGAGGGAGAUGCUGCACUGGCACCUCCCGGGCAGGAGGCAGCUCUGCAAGGUAAUGACCCUGGAUCAGCUCCAUGUGCCAAGGGCGCAGACGGUGCCGAGGAUAAUUUAAUAGGCACACCCUCUGCAACUCAUAAUGAGGAAUCUAAACAAAACCAGGAAGCAGCAGCAGCCAGGGCAGGCUCGGCAGAGCUCGCCUGGCAGCACGGUGGGGAGCAUGGCGGGGUAGCUGCUGCCCGGCCUGGGCACCAUGCUGGGGACGAGGGCUCCCCAGAGCAGGGCCACUCACAACAGGUUGAAGGAGGCCAAGCUGAGCCCGGGCAGGGGUCUCCUGUGAAUGGCAAUGAGCCUGUUGUGUCGGAGGAACUUCUUGCUGCUGCUGUGAAACCCUGUGCCUGCAGUCUGGGGGGUCCUGUGGUGGGCAGCAGCAAUGUGGAUGCUGGGCUGAAAGCAGCAGUCCAACCCGAAGAAGAUUGCAAGGCUGGAGCAGCAGUUGCAGCAGAAGGCGCCAUGCAUGGACCUGCAUCAGCAGAUGAGUCACUGGGUGCAGAGAGUGACCCUUGUCCAAAUGCUGGGCUGAACCAAGAAGAAGAUCCCACUCAAACCCUACAACCAGUCUGCCCCCACAGCAGCACCCCCGAGUUAAAGGAUGCCUCAGAGGAAGGAGCCCUGAGUGAUGCCUGUGAUGGUGAGGAGGUGCCAAGGCCGGUGCCAGUAUCCCCUGCUGCCGUGUACCCCGAGGAGCAGGAGGGCACGGACAGCGUGCUGCCCCGGGCAGCGCUCCAGCCCAUCGCAGAGGAGCCCACGUGUGACAGCGACUCCAGCACCGACACCGUCUGUCCUGCCGGCGACAGCGACACUGCCCCUGCCCUGACAGUGCCUCAGGGGGAGGGCUUGGCUGAGCCCCAUGGAAACCAAAGCCAUGCUGUACCUGCAGUGCCCUUCUUCUCGCCGUGUUCCUGCCGCUUACAGGCUGUUGAGUCACUGGAAAAUGUGGGAGUGAAGAGUUUGGUAUCGGCUAAUGAUGCCUCUUCCCUGGAUAAAGUUCCUAAAAUGGUAAAAAGUUUUGAUGCAGUGGUUUUUGCAGCAGAGACACCUUGUUCCCAUGAAGUACCUGCCACAGAAAAAGUGGGGCUUGAGCCUCAGGCUGCAGCGGAUGCUGGAGCCAGCCUUGAUAGACAGAUGGAUUUAGGUUCCUCAACAAAGAAGAAGAAUGUCAGCCUGGCAGUGCAAGGAGCUGAGCCUGUUACAGGUAGGAAAAAUCAAUUGUUUCCUACUUUUUAG